AUGUCGGGCCAAAUCACCCACCGUCGCGCCUUUAGACGAACAGACGAUUAUACUCCCGGAAAGCCGAAGUUAAAGCUUGUCCAAGAAGCGCUCGUGUUACCACUUGCACCGACCGCAGUCUUGAUCAUAGUCCAUGCCGUCGCACUUAACUACCGAGACGCCAACAUCGCGAAUGGCGGGAACCCUUGGCCCGUGGUUCCAAAUGGGAUAUUGGGCAACGACGCGGCGGGCGAGGUCCUCGCAGUUGGAGAUAAGGUGAAGACAUUGGUGGUCGGGGAUAGGGCCGGGCCAAUUACGGAUACUGAGAAUAUUUCCGGGCGUGAAGUGAAGCGCUCAUGGCUGGCAGCAGACGAGGAUGGAGUUAUGGCGGAUCAUAUCAUUUUCAACGAGGAUGCUCUGUGUAAGCUCCCGGACUAUCUCGACUGGGUUGAAGCUGCUUUGAUUCCUUGCGCUGGUGUUACCGCUUGGUCGGCGUUGAAGGGUAUGCGUAUUGGACAGACUGUGUUGAUUCAAGGCACUGGAGGGGUCAGUGUCUUUGCACUCAAGCUUGCAAGGGCAGCGGGCCUUCGGAUAAUUUUGACAUCUUCGAGUGACAAGAAGCUCGAACAAAUGAAGACCAAGUAUUCGAACCCGCCGAUCAUGAUGAUAAAUUACUCUCAAAUGCCAGACUGGGACAAGGAGGUUCUCAGGUUGACCAACGGCAUUGGUGUGGAUAUUGUUGUUGAAACUGGCGGGUCAAGCUCUUUGGUUAAGAGUAUAAGAUGUACUCGACGUGGCGGUGUGGUCAGCCAGGUCGGAUAUCUCUCACGACAGGACCCUAACGACCUGCGGGAGCUGAUCCCGGCCAUUAUCGAUCGGAGGACUAUUUUGAGAGGUAUCAAUGCAGGGUCAAAGCAUGAUAUGGAGGACUUUUGUGCUGCGCUAUCAGCAGCUCAAACGCCGUUGAAUGACCUCAUUGACAAGAUAUUCCCAUUUGAGCAAGCCGAAGAGGCUGUUGAAUAUGUUUGGCAGGGUAAACAGAUUGGAAAGAUUGUGCUCCGUAUCUAG